AGCAGUAGCAGCAGCAGCAGUAGUAGUAGUAGUAGUAGUAGCAGUAGCAGCAGAAGCAGUAGUAGUAGAAGCAGCAUAAGUAGUAGUAGUAGUAGCAGCAGCAGUAAUAGUAGUAGUAGUAGUAGUAGUAGUAGUAGCAGUAGUAGCAGUAGUAGCAGUAGCAGAAGCACUAGCAGUAGUAGUAGUAGUAGUAGUAGCAGCAGUAGCAGUAGCAGUAAUAGUAGUAGUAGUAGUAGUAGUGGCAGCAGCAGUAGCAGCAGCAGUAGUAGUAGUAUUAGUAGUAGCAGCAGUAGCAGUAGUAGUAGUAGCAGCAGUAGUAGCAGCAGGAGUAGUAGUAGUAGUAGCAAUAGCGGUAGAGGUAGCAGCAGUAGUAGCAUCAGCAGUAGAAGUAGUAGUAGUAGUAGUAGUAGUAGUAGUGGCAAAAGCGGUAGCAGCAGUAGUAAUAACAAAAGCAGCAGUAGCGGUAGCAGCAUCAGCAGUAGUGGUAGCAGCAGUAGCGGUAACGGUAGCAACAGUACUAGUAGUAGCAGUAGUAGCAGUAGUAGUAGCAGUAGUAGUACUAGUAGCAGCAGUAGUAGUACUAGUAGCGGCAGCAGUAGUAGCAACAGCAGCAGUAGCAGUAAUAGUAGUAGCAGCAGUAGCGGUAGCAGUAGCAGCAGCAGUAGCAGU